GAUUGUUGUUUCUUCAAAUCGUGGUCAGGAGAAACUCAGUUUGUUAUUUCCUAGACAAGCUGCCGUGUACUGAUUUUUCUUUCAACUUUUCGUCAUGGUUUUCGCCUUUCCUCCAAAUCGCUUCAGACACUGAGUCGCAGCUUCUUCUUUGUCUUCAGACGCCUUUAACUUCCUACUGAAAAUGGAGGAAAUUCGCUCUAAUUAGGAUACCAUGGUGGGGUUAUUAUUCCACAAAGUCUAGAUACCACUGAGGAACAAGUGCAACCUGCCAUGAUAUAGUCUGCUGUCGUCAUUACCUCUAUCGUGGGAAAAGCUUGAGAACGACUUCUUUUCUACACAGGGAAGUGUCAGGGUAAAAGUUACGGAAAGAAGAAACCACAACACCUAAAAAUCUAUUGGACCAAAAGACAGGAGAGGACAGGAUUGUGGAGAGGAGGUGUUGGGGAUGGGGUUGGAGAGCCAAAGGAGGACGUCAUGGUUCACAGCGGCUCUGCAUCUCCUCAUUUAACUGUUCCUGCUACAGCACCUCCUCUGCAAGUAGCACCUCCUCUGGUGCCUCCCCCUGGAGAUACCACUAGUCAGGACCUAACCCAGACCCCUGCCAAAGUCCUCAGCGCAGACCUUACCUCAGACUCAGGCUUGACGCAGCCCUCUACUCCAUCUCCUGCUGAUGCAGAACCCCCUGUUGUAAUCCCAGCUAAAGCAAUUACAACUAACUCAAGGCCAGCAUCCUCCUGGUCCUCUACACAGACACCAACCCCUGCUCAGGGCCCAGUAAAUGGCCGUACAUCAGGCAGGAAGAGGACUCCUAAAGCCUGUGACUGCUGUGGACCUAACAGCACUGGACACAAUGUCACCUCAGGCAGAGGGAGGGGGAAGGGAAGAGGGAGAGCGAGGGGGGCUGUUAGGGAUGUCGUGGACACCCCAAAAAGAAAACUGGGGAGCCAGCUGACAUGUAUCAAGAGUUUUGAUUUGACCAAGCAGAAUUUAGAGGAAGCAGAGGAUGAAGAUGACAGAUAUGAGAAGUUGCAAAUGACUGUAGUACGGGCUGAUACUCAGUCACAAACCUCCGUUCCCCAAUCUGUCACAUCCCUGCAGGAUGGACCAGUAAUGAACUGUGUUGCUCCAGAGACAGGGGAUGCACAGAAAAAAGAGGACAUCUUGAAUGAGGGGACAGGGGUUACUGGAGAAGGAAGAAGAGGAGUUGGGGACGGCAAGGAUGUGGAGAUGAUAUUGUCAGGAAUGGCAGGCAGAGGAGCAUCAGUAGUUAAGGGUAGAGGAAGGGGAGGGAGGGGAAUGAUGGGAGCCACAUUUGCAUCAAAAAUGAAAGUAGAACCUGGAAUAAAGAGGGGAGGUGGGGGUUGUGUUUUCAUCAGUUCGAAAAUGGAUGCCCCGGCUCGAUCAGUGGUAGUGCAGAGUCAGGAGGAGAACAAAGAUGCAAAAAUGGAACAUGGGAAGCAAACUGACUGCAUGAUGGUUAAGUCUCCGUUUGGAAAUGGAGACACAGUGAACCUAUCUGACUCUGAACCUGAAGGGGAGGCUAAAGAGGACAACAUGCUCAUGAGUGAACUGGGAAAUGGACUGCUAUUCAUAUCACGGCAGCCAGGUCCUGCUUCAAGGUCAGGAAAUCCCAAGGACCUUGACUCUGAGAUGCAGGUGGACCAGACCCCUGACAAAACAGACCAAGUCUCUUUACCAGUAACUCUGUCCAAUGGAAAAGUCACCACACCAACAGACAAUGACCACAGAUCCACACCCAUGGACGUUGAAACCUCUCAUCCAAACCAUGGCCCUAUUACAGUGUGCAGCACACAGCACCACUGGGCAUUAAGAGACCACAGGCUGUACUGUCAGCCAGGAACCUGGGAGAAGGAGGAGAUGGGUGAAAUGUCGGGUGAGGGUCAGACAGAAGGGGUAGAAGUGGAUGGAAAGAUGCAGGACGAAGAAAGCCUGGAGCAGCUUACUGACAUGGUCCACGAUUUUCUGGAGAGUUUCUAUAUGAAGUAUGGCAGUUUCAUUCCUCUCAGUGAGACAGACGUCCUGGAAUACCUGAAGAAGAACGGCAACUCUGACCUCAGAAAACGGGGACUGGACAUCAAAGGGGAGAUGACUCGGUACAGGUCGGGGCUGGCCUCUGCUCCUAUUGCAGGCUUCAUGGUGAUGUAUAACAAACACACCCUGAGUCUGGAGGACCUUGGCACGCUGGAAGAACAGAAUUGGCUUAAUGACCAGAUUAUCAACAUGUACGGAGAACUCAUUAUGGAAGCAACACAACAGAAGGUUCAUUUUUUCAACAGCUUUUUCCACAAACAGCUGGUUGCCAAGGGUUAUGAUGGUGUGAAGAGAUGGACUAAAAAAGUUGACCUGUUCUCCAAGUGGCUGUUGCUAAUUCCCAUCCAUUUAGAAAUCCAUUGGUCUCUCGUCACGGUCACCAUGGCAACCAAAACCAUCAGUUACUAUGACAGCCAAGGCAUCGUCUUCAGACACACCACAGAUAACAUUAUGAAGUACCUUCAGUCUGAAGCCAGAGAGAAGGAACAGACAGCUUUCCAGAAAGGCUGGAAAAUUACUAUCAUCAAGGGUAUUCCUCAGCAGAAAAACGACAGCGACUGUGGCGUAUUUGUCCUUGAGUACUGCCGUCGUCUCUCUGUGAAGCAGCCUCUGCUGUUCAGUCAGGAGGACAUGCCUCGCAUCCGCAAGAGAAUCUACAAGGAACUGUGUGACUGUCGCCUCAACGAUUGAUGGACUGAAUAAGGGUCACCUUCACUCACUGACUGCUUGCCUGGUUACAUGAGACGGCCUGUCCAAGUCUGUCAGACAGCCUGUUCCGCAGACAACCUGUUACAUAAGCUAACACAACCUGGCCAUCUGUUAUCCAGGGAGCCCUAUCUGCCAGUCUGUCUGUGUGAUUAACAGCUGAGUGACUUUCACUUGGGACUUUUGGUGACUUUUGGAGUUCAAUAACAGUCUGUUGCUAAGCAGAUUUUUACUUGCAAACUUGCAAAGAACUACUGACGUGACCCCUACUGACCCCGAAAAAUGCUGGACCCGCACACUUCAGGUUGCUUUUGCGUUCUACAUUUACCACCCCCAGAGGAUUUCAACCAAAUGGCCGAACAGCCACCUUUGAGAACACUGAGUAGUUCUGACUUUGACUGAGGAUGCAGGCGUUGGAUCAGCCUGGACCAGUGGGAUGGACUUUGUCUCCCAAAUGGAGCGGCCUUACCUGCCAGAUGGCCGUUUUAAACUGAAUUACAUUUUUAAGAGUUUAUAUUAUGCUGGACUUUACAGCUGUUUCAUGCUUACAGUUAAAUGUGUGUUUUCUAACAUGUUAAUGAAGCUAGGAUGUGUCAUUCAGUGGACCAACUGUUCACUUAAAACUUGAAGGUUUGAGUUGGUUACGUUCUCUUGGACUACAGAUAUUUGCACGGACAGAGGCCUAUCCAUUGUAGAGGGCAGAAUAUCAACUGAAUGUACUGAUCACGUUUCCUUCCUGGCUGCCUCGCAUGGUGGUGACACACCACCACACAGGCACAAUUUGGCUGUGGCUUGAAACAGGGAUAUUGUUUUCGUUCAGCAGGUUUUGGGCACCUGCUCUCCCAAUAAUGCAUUAAAAUUCCAGUUUUUCCACCACAUUUUUCCAGUUUUUUUUUUUUUUCUUUUGCUGUGAUCACAUCCAUAUGGUAGGUUUUUGCACAUGCAAUUUUUUUUUUCCAGUCGUUUGAGCUCAAAGCCUUUGUUAAGUGAUACUUUAACAUUUGAAAUGAGCAGUUUGAGUUGAAAACUGUUUCUCAUGCUGGUUAAUAAAUAACAUGUUAAGCUGUACAGCGAGCCACAGUUUUGUUUUUUUUUUAAUUCAAGCCAAGAAGUUUCUCCUGCUUUAUAGUGUCACUGCUUCAUGUGGAUGCAUUAACACAGCUGCAGAAAGUUGUGGUUACAGAGUGGCCUCUUAACAGUGAAACAAGUGGACCUCAGCUAUUUUGAUUAAACCUUCUGUCCAACCUGAGUUUUGUUGUUAUAUUCACUUGUGUGUAUUUACAGAUUGUAUUGUACUUUUAGUGGCCUACUACUGUACAUGCUUGCUUUGGCUAAAAACCACAGCAGUUUCUGGACUGUUUUUAUUGUUAUUAAAAGGCCAAUACUGCUGGGAGGCUGGGCAAUGAUUUGUUGCGGCUUUACUCUAAAUUAAUUUUGAAUGAGUAGUACACUACUUUUGUGCAUUAGCAAACAUGCUCACAUUUAUUUGAUACGCCAUGGCAACAAUAUCAGUGACAGGAUGGAUGGUGUCUUUUAAGCUGUAAUAUUUGAGAUGUUUAUUCCCCCCCCCCCCCCCCCAAAAAUCUCCUUCUUGCCUAAUUGUAUUCACAAGUAACCACAUUUAUCCAGCAGGGCCUGUUUUCAGGUGUCUCUCCUCUAUCUUUGAGUUCCAGUACAGAUAAAAAAAACAAAAAAAAAAAUGAAUGUCCCUCCCAAAAGUAAGGAGAGAAAUUGACUCAAUUCAGAUAUCAAUAAAAUUCAGGGGGAUAUACAGUAAAGUCUUACUUUAUAACCCUGUUCAAUAAAUGGAUGAUGGCAGGGACCUUCAAGUUGAAUCUGUCCUUCCACCACUGAUUCCACCAGUCUGACUUCAGAGAUCUUUUUUUUUCCAACCCU